CAAUGAACCAACUGCACUCGGUGUUGCUAAGAGACGCGUUGUUUCCGUGUUGCCAAGGCACGAGAACGAAGGAAAAGCAGAACAUCUAUUUGUUCCUUCCACCUCUACUCUGUUCCUGCUGCUGUCGACGGGAACUCUGGCAUUUCCUUUGCCCGUUCUCCUGGUUCUGACCCGGGGUCAUGGUGAAGCUCCGGGCUCGGUGUCUGCUCGUCGGAGAUUCUGCCGUCGGGAAAACGACCCUCUCUCACAUGUUCAACUCUGAUGGGUCUCUGUUUCAAAAGAACUACAGCAUGACAUCAGGUGUCCAUCUGUUGGUGAAGUGUGUUUCCAUCCCAGACUCUGCUGACUCUGUGGAACUGUACAUCUUAGACUCUGCAGGAAAAGAAACAUUAGUCGAAGCCUGUGAGAAGAUGUGGGGGAGGCCGUCCCUGCUGUGUCUGGUGUUUGACCUGACCAGCCAACAGUCUUUCACCAACUGCACCAACUGGAUGGACAAAGUCCUCGCUCACUGUCAGGGUCUGCGUGUCCCCGGUGUGCUGGUGGGCAACAAGUCCGAUCUGUCUGCAAGGAGGGAGGUGGACCGAUCUGUGGCCCAGGACUGGGCCCAGAGCCAGGGCUUGGACUACCACGAGACAUCCGCUAAGGAAGUGGAAAACUGUGACGGUCCACUGGUCAGUUUGGCCCGGGCCUUCCACUCUCUGUACCACCAACACUGUGAGACCACCCACAGCCUCGGACCAGGUUAGACCCCCGACACAUUCACCUGCCAGGACACCAGAACCUGGACUUGGAUUUACACAGACUGAUGAGCUCAGGAUGAUCACGUUUGUGCUGACGGAAGGAGGUCGUUGAAAUCAAGGCUGUUUCUCAAUACCAAGUUUUUAGAGACCGGUCUUGGUCAGACCGGUCCCAGAGGCGGGACUUCCUGUUAACCCCAGUCUGUCUGUCAUUGAAUGGCUGGCCCUGGUGACCUUUGACCCUGUCUGUGCUGGAUUUACUCCAUCUGCUCCAGAAUCAAUUGACCUCCAGCCAACACAAUGAAACCCAUUUCAUUUAAUGCAUUUGUACGUGUAUUUACAUGUAUUUAUACAUUUUUACUAGUAUUUACAUGUAUGUAUACAUUUGUACUUGUAUUUAUACAUUUUAUAUAUUUUUCAAAACUCUAAUACAUUUCAUUGAAUCCUGUAUCAGAAGAUUCUGAUGAAAGUUUGAGGGUUUUUUUCCCCAGACCCAUCACCUUUUUCCUUGUAUCCAACAUGACAUCAUGACUUGGAUAAAUGUUAGGGGUACAGCAGUACACAUCGUACUGAGCAGUACACAUCAUACUGAGCAGUACACAUCAUACUGAGCAGCACACCUCGUACCCAACAGUACACGUCAUACUGAACGGUACACCCCUCAUGGUUCGGUAGGAGCAUGUACCGCAGUACGGCUCAUUUGUCAUUUUCAGAUGACAUUUCUGGACACCUUGCAUUAAUAUUAGAGCUUUGGAAGACGACUGACUUCAGGAAUUCAACUGUCAUUGGUUGGAGGCGGAGCCACAGAGCUAACAGCCUGUUGGGCUUCAACAGAACUCAGAUCCAUUUCCCUGUAAAAGCUCAUUUAUGCUCUACGUUAAAGACGCAGACGAUUAUGAAUGGAGCGUCCUGUCCGUCCCCUGCGUACAUUACGUACAUAAUUCUGUCUGUUUUCUUGUGAACUGUGGAGGCAGUGCUGAGAUUUGAACAGAAUAAUUUCCAUAAAUACUGGAACUUUCCAUAGAGCGACUGUGUGAGUUAGUGAAAAACUAUCGACAUUUGGGACAACUACCCUCCUGAAUAUGAACAGUAGUAAAACCUCCUCUGUGUUCACCAUGUUAGUUAUUAUUGACUUUCUUCUUCUUCUUGUCAUUAAACUUUCCUCUUCUUCGUGGUA